CUCAUGCCGCGGCGCAGAGAGUUGUGGGAUAGUGAGGGGCAAACAGAGGAGGGUUUACUUGAGCCAGUGAGCCUGCCUGGGCACAGCAAGGCAAGGCGGGGAGAGAAGCGGGUGGGGUGCUCCCCAAGGAAAGUCCUCAGCAGUGAUCAGGUGUGUCCUUCUGCUUCCAAAACAGGUGUGAUCAGAAGAGGAAGCACUAACUAGUGCAGACCCACCCAGCUCAGGUAUGUUGUGUGAAGGGUACUAUGAUCUCCAGGAUUUCCAUCACUCAGGGUUCUACUGCCCCCGCCUCUCUGACCCCCCCGAGCACUCCUACUGCUGUCGCCAAGGAAUCCUCUACCUCAAGUACUGCUGCAACCAAUCAGAGUUCCAGGAUGUCAUGAAUGUUAACCUAUCAGAGAGCAGCACCUCCCAGCUCUUUCACAGCAAGCCUCUCACCCUCAUGGCAGUGGGGUUCUAUAUAGUUCUGGUUCUGACCCUGAUGAUAGUGGACUUUCUCUGGUUCUGCCGCUUGCGUGACCUCACUGUGCUGGCCGCUCUCAGAAAGUACUUGACCUGCCCCCGCUGGAUAAACAGCAUCCUGCGCCCCAACAGACAGCCCUCACACUACCAUAGCAACAGGAACCUAACUCCACAUAGGAAUCGGCAGGGAGCUCCACCUUGUCUCCCUGGCGACCAGAACGGCAGAUCAGCAAGCAAGAGUUGCCAUGGCGACCAGAGCACAGAGUUCUCACAUCUGGACCCAGAAGUGAACAGUGAUUGGACAGAAGAUGACAUGGAGUGGUCUGAUGACUGAAUAGCAACUGCUGUCUCCCUGCUCACUGUAGACUAUUAGUCAUCCUUUUAUAAUGCUUUUUCAUUUAUUCAGGUGUAGGUAAUAUAUAUAUAUAUAUAAUAUAUAUAUAUAUAGGAAUGCACAUGUUAUUAUGUAUAAUAGGAAUGCACAUGUUAUUAUGUAUACACCCAGAAAUGAUGUGAUAAUUAAAGAUGCAUUCCAUAUUCAUUUAUAUUUAAUAACUCCCCUUCCUCUUUUCCCCCCAGAUGCUCAUAAAUACUAUUAUAAAGCAAUAGGUUUAUUAUUGUGUGCAAGGGCUAAAUGCAUACAGCAGCAAAACUUGGCAAUUCAUUCUGAAUACAUUUCAACCUCAACCCAACACGCAGAUAUACAUUUCAUCUUGCUCACAGGACAUGUUUCUUUUUCUCUUUGAGUUCAGGUCCCUCCAGUGCAUGAAACUACUCCCCAUGCCAAAACAAUAUGAAAUGUAAUCAUAGUACAGUAAUAAUAUCUGAGCUCCCCUGUUUCACCAUCCAAGCAAUUCUAGAACCCCUGUAUCACCAUCCAAGCAAUUCUAGACCCCCUGUAUCACCACCCAAGCAAUUCUAGAACCCCUGUAUCACCACCCAAGCAAUUCUAGAACCCCUGCCAUCCCAAGAUCCUCAAACUGUUGGAAUCCUGUCUGUAGUUCCACUAAGAAUACUCAAAAAUGGUUGUUUUAAAGCAAAUAUCUAACAUGAAAAAUGAAUAGUUUUUAUUCCAUAAUAUUACCAUUGAGAACAUUAAUACUGUACUGUCAAGCUAAACAUCAGGAUCAGAAAACUGACAAGUUCCACAGAACAGGCUGCAUAUUGAUAUAUUUUAAUAGAGCUAGUCUCUACUUUACUACCUCGGACAUGCUUGGGUUGUUGUUUUUCUUUGCAGGUUUUCAGUUUUGUUUUAAACCUGUUCAAAGCAAAUGCUAGGGUAUAUCCUUGUGUCACAUCAUUUUACAAUUCAUUAAUGUAAGUCUUAUAUUCCCCAAUAUAUUGUGUAGUCUGGUGUUGUAUUCACUCUAUAUGUAAAAUCUUGUUAUGCAAGACCGGUAAUA